AUGGGUAGCUUCUCACAGGUUGAAAAAGCAUGCAGAUCUUUGAAAUUUAUUGUGGUUGAAGAUCGUUUACAGCGAUUUGCCAUUAAAAGGAAGAUUGAACGAAGAUCGAAGCUACUGCGCAUGAGAACGAAGUUGAAGAAAGAACGGAUUACGAAUAUGUGCACUGAUUUGGCUGUGCAUGUACGGGACAAUGUUGCAUGCAUGUGGGAGAGUGAGAGCAAGGUGAAGAACAUAUCACGGGUAAGGCAGAAGCAGAUGGUUGCAAUCAAUUGGAUGCGGAGGCAUCAAGGAAUCAGAGCUGGAUUGAGGUUUGCUGUUGUUGAUGAAGUUCAGUUUGUAGCUGAUGUUAUGGGCAGUGAGGGAUUGGAUAUGAAACCCAGAAUGAUAGAAAUAUCCGAUGGAGUGUCUAUUGGGUGGAUACACUUUGAAAAUGAAAGCGACGAAGGAGCAUGGAGGGUGAUAGAUGGAUUGGUUGCUGAAACGGGGUACAAUGCAGAUAAGGCAAAAAAAGCUUCGAAGAAAGCGCGAAGAGUAAAAGAACAUGGGAAAAUACAUCGGGUUGAUCAAAUGGCUACGACAUCCGCCACUGCAGUUCCUCAACCGUCAAGUCAUGUCAAUGUUGUGAUUCUUGAUGUAAAGGAGGAGCCAAUGGAAGAAACGAUUGGGGAGAAGACGAUUGACAAUGUCAAUAGGGAUCCAGGGAUGGUUUCAAAGAAAAAUAUGGGUAAUAAACGAAGUGCAGGAAUUAAAGAAAAGGGAAAAAAGGCCGUGCGGGCAGGUUCAUCACGGGGAACAGUCCAUAAGCAUGUAUUGAGAAAGGGAAAUCAAUCAAAGAAAGGGAAAGGGAAGGCGUCGACUGAUAUUACAGAGGAGUUGUCGAAUGGGGCAAAAAAAUUCACUUGGAAAACUCGCAUUACAAACGGCAAAAAAAGUGCAAAAAAUGUGAUGCAUUUUCCAAAGGAAAUAGCUAAGAAAUGCCUCCGAGUAUAUCAGGAUGAAAUUAAAGUUGUAGACGCGGCAACUCGAAAGGUGUUCAACUGCAGCCUUCAUAAGGCGAGGAGGAAAGGAGUCCCAAGCACUUAUGAAAGGACGAUCGAGCAACUUGGAAUGGAGAGCAAUUGGGAAAGACUGAAGAGGGAGACUGAGAUUCGCAGGGUGUUGGAACUGAUUCAUGUUGUAGGGGAAUGGAGGAAAGUUUGGGAGAGGUAUAACCGCAGAAAAUGGAAGGGAUGCCUUUGGAGACGCGAAAAUGAUUUUAAGGCAAUAAUGGCUGGUCUUGCGAAACGUCGCACUUCAAUAGAAUGGAAGGCAGCAUGGCAAUCAAGCAAAUCUGGUGUGUACGGAAAGUGUUCUGCAAAUACUGAAGCAAAAACUGAAGAACAUGUAGUUGUUGGUGCCGGGGAAAGAAAAAGAAUGUCGAGAAGAGAAGCACAACAACAUGUGAUUGUAUUGUCUUUAGAUUCUGAAAGGGAAGAGAGGUAUGGCAAAAAAUUUAAUAAGCCGGAUAAGAGCAAAAUCAACCAAGAAGGACCAAGUAACAUUGCAAAAGAAAGGGAUUCUGACAGGAAGGGAAAAGGAGUUAUGGAAGAGGAUGAAGAUGACCACGUUUCAAUAUCAUCCGAUAAGGAAGGGCAUAAUGAUGAUUCGGUUGUAAUUCAAAAUGAAAAAAGUUGGAUUAAGGUGGUUACAAAACCACCAGCAAUGGGCACGCAAGUUCUUCAAAUUCCUGCUGAGGUCAUAACUGGGUGUGAAUUGGAAGGCAAGAAUACCAUUGGGCUGUAUGACACGAACAGACACCGGGCCUACAAUUGUAUGCUCAAGAAGAGAGAAGAUAAGAAUGAAAUGUUUCUUUGCAGGGGGUGGUAUGAGUUUGGGAAGAGAAGGACUUUCAAGAAAGGUGAUGUUCUGCAAUUCACCAUUAGGUACCCACCAGUCGAAGAAAUUCUGGCUUCUGUUUUGGAUUCUCAGAUUAUAUUAGUUGUUAACCCUUUUUUGAAUUGUGUUCAGUAUUUGUAA